AGGAUGUGGCCGUGGUCUUUAGCCAGGAAGAGUUGGCUUCGCUGGAUCUUGCUCAGAGGAAACUCUACAGAGAGGUGAUGAUGGAAACCUUCAGAAACCUGGCUUCUGUAGUUUCUCAAAACCUUAUUGAUGGAGAAAAGUUAUCCAGUGAACAUAUAAUAGUGCGAUUCAUUAAGAAUAACACCUGGUCCUCCAUGUUAGGAGAAAUCUUCAAACCGCAUGGCAAUAAAGAUCAGCAUAAAAACCAGAGGAGACACUUGAGAAGGUAUACAAUAGAGCACCUCUGUGAAACUAAUGAAGGCAAUCAAUAUGGGAAGACCUUCAGCCAGAUUCCAGAUCUUACUGUGAUAAAAAGAAAUCCCCUAGAAUUAAGUCCUUUUGAAUGUUGUGAGUGUGGAAAAGCCUUCAUGGACCACUCAUCACAGAACCAUCCUACCAGAUCUCACACUGGAUGCAGUACCUGCCAGUGCAGGGAAUGUGGAGACCCCUGCAGUUGUCCCUCUUACCUAAACUCUCCUAUGAAAAGUCUUACUGGAAAGAAACUUCAAAAAUGUAAGGUAUGUGGGAAGGAUUUUAUUUGUAUCUCAGCACUUAAGAAUUCUGUGACAACACUCACUGAUGACAGAUUCUAUGAAUGUAAUGAAUGUGGGAAACGUUUCUGUAGUUCCUUAUCCUUUUGGAUACAUGUGAGAGGUCAUAAACACAAAUGCAGAAGAUGUUGUAAAACCUGUAGUCUUCCUUCAUCCCUAAUUUUACAUAAAAAAUUUUAUAACAGAGAUAUGCCUUCUGAAUGUAAGGAAUGUGGGAAAGCCUUUAGUUGUUCCUCAUACCUCACUCAACAUAUAAGAGCUCACAGUGGAGAGAGGCAUUAUGAAUGUAAGGAAUGUGAGAAAGCCUUUAGUCAUCCCUCACACCUCAAUCAGCAUAUAAGAUCUCACAGUGGAGAGAGACCUUAUGAAUGUCAGGAAUGUAGGAAAUCCUUUAGUCGUUCCUCAGUUCUCACUAUGCAUAUGAGAACUCACAGUGGAGAGAGGCCUUAUGAGUGUAAGGAAUGUGUGAAAGCCGUUAGUCAUUCCUCACUUCUUACUCAGCAUAUAAGAUCUCACAGUGGAGAGAGGCCUUAUGAAUGUAAGGAAUGUGGGAAAGCUUUUAUUUGUUCCUCAGUCCUCAAUACACAUAUGAGAACUCACAGUGGAGAGAGGCCUUAUGAAUGUAAGGAAUGUGGGAAAGCCUUUGGUCAUUCCUCAAACCUCACUAUACAUAUGAGAACUCACAGUGGAGAGAGGCCUUAUGAAUGUAAGGAAUGUGGGAAAGCCUUUAGUUAUUCCUCAGCCCUCAAACUUGACAUGUAAGAACUCACAGUGGAGGGAGGCCUUAUGAAUGUAAGGAAUGUGAGAAACCCUUUAGUUCUUCCUCACACCUCACUAGACAUAGAAGAACUCA